AUGGUAUACGAAGACUUCUCCACCACGACCACCAGAGACGCUGAUGCUACUACUGUUGCCUGUUGGAACGUCUGCCCCUUUACUACUUGUCUGGAAGUUUGUCACAGCACGGACAUGUUCUUCGUCGGCUCCGAAGACGGCAAGAUAUGGCAGCGCUGUCGAGUUGGCGGGCGUCCCGUCUACCCUGCGUACUUUCAUCUGCACCCUGAGACUGCUCUGUCCGUGCCCAGCCCACCUGUCACCUGCAUUGCCCUACAUCCGACCUUCCAGGACCUCCUCUUGGCUGGUGAGUCAUCCAUCUCUCUGCGGGGCCUUGGGUUUAUCAGCAUGUCCUUUAUAAGUCUGAAGUCGUUUGAAAUAUGGUGUACCGGCUGGUACUUCUACUAUAUGAGUAUAUUCCAAAGCGGCAAGACAACAGACCCGUGA